GUAGGGGCGCCCCGAUAACCAGCCUCAUUUAUAUAGUCUGCGUACCUCGGUCGCCAACAUUCCACGAAGUGUACUCGAGUAGAGGUGUUGUGCAGCAUAUCCGAGGCUGUGCAAUAGCGAUAGUAAUUUAUUUAUUUAAUAGGACUAUUUAAUAAAAACUAAUUCACAAUGUGCGACGAAGAAGUUGCCGCGCUGGUAGUGGACAAUGGAUCCGGUAUGUGCAAGGCCGGCUUCGCGGGAGACGACGCUCCCCGUGCCGUGUUCCCAUCGAUCGUGGGCAGACCUCGCCACCAGGGUGUCAUGGUGGGCAUGGGGCAGAAGGACUCUUACGUAGGAGACGAGGCCCAGAGCAAGAGAGGCAUCCUCACGCUCAAGUACCCCAUCGAGCACGGCAUCGUCACCAACUGGGACGACAUGGAGAAAAUCUGGCACCACACCUUCUACAACGAGCUGCGAGUUGCGCCCGAAGAGCACCCCGUGCUGCUCACAGAGGCUCCCCUCAACCCUAAGGCCAACAGGGAGAAGAUGACCCAGAUCAUGUUCGAGACCUUCAACACGCCCGCCAUGUACGUGGCCAUCCAGGCCGUGCUCUCGCUGUACGCCUCCGGUCGUACCACCGGUAUCGUGCUCGACUCCGGUGACGGUGUCUCCCACACUGUGCCCAUCUACGAAGGUUACGCGCUCCCACACGCCAUCUUGCGUCUGGACUUGGCCGGUCGCGACCUCACAGACUACCUCAUGAAGAUCCUCACCGAGCGCGGCUACUCCUUCACUACCACCGCCGAGAGAGAAAUCGUGCGUGACAUCAAGGAGAAGCUCUGCUACGUCGCGCUCGACUUCGAGCAAGAGAUGGCCACCGCAGCCUCCAGCAGCUCGCUCGAGAAGUCAUAUGAGCUUCCCGACGGCCAAGUCAUCACCAUCGGAAACGAAAGGUUCCGUUGCCCUGAAGCCCUCUUCCAGCCUUCAUUCUUGGGUAUGGAAGCUUGUGGCAUUCACGAAACCACUUACAACUCCAUCAUGAAGUGUGAUGUCGACAUCCGUAAAGACUUGUACGCCAACACAGUAUUAUCUGGUGGUACCACGAUGUACCCAGGAAUCGCCGACCGUAUGCAGAAGGAAAUCACAGCCCUGGCGCCAUCCACAAUGAAGAUCAAGAUCACCUUCCAACAGAUGUGGAUCUCGAAACAGGAGUACGACGAGUCCGGCCCCUCCAUCGUACACAGGAAGUGCUUCUAAGCGCGCUGUGUUCGCGCAGAGCUGCCCCCAGCAGCAGCCCGCGGCUCGGCCGGUCCCGCGGCCGGCUGCUCAACUCAGGCUUGUAAUCUCCGUUAAUUUAAUUGUACGUAAGAUAUUAUAUGUAAUUAAAUCGUAAUAGUGACGGCAGGACGGAGCGCGGCGCCGCGGGCGCGCCUCGACCGCCGGCCUCGGUACUGCACUCGCCAAAGGAUCUUUUUGUAAUCUCAUGAAUGAUGAUUGUAUGUGCUGAAACGGAUAAGACUACUUUCUUACUAGGUCAUUUAUAAAUUAUAAAAGAAAGAAAAUACAUGAAAAAAAUUCGUAAAA